CCGGUCCGGCCCGGCCCCGCACCAGCUCCCGUCGGCAGCGCCUCGGAGCGGCCCGGCUGCCCGAUGCUUCCGCUCCGGCCGCGGCGGGCCGGGCUGUACGCUUAGCGCCCGGCGCAGGCCCCCUGAAGCGCCGGCGGGGCUGGGAGCGGCCUCCGGCCCCGCGGAGACGGAGCAGCUCGAGGACGAGGCGGCGGCGGCGAGGAGGAGGAUGGGGGCUAACCAGUUAGUGGUGCUCAACGUGUACGACAUGUACUGGAUGAACGAAUACACCUCAUCUAUUGGAAUUGGAGUUUUUCAUUCAGGAAUUGAAGUUUAUGGCAGAGAAUUUGCUUAUGGUGGCCAUCCUUACCCUUUUUCUGGAAUAUUUGAAAUUUCCCCAGGAAAUGCUUCUGAACUAGGAGAAACAUUUAAAUUUAAAGAAGCCGUUGUUUUAGGAAGCACUGACUUCCUAGAAGAUGAUAUAGAAAAAAUUGUAGAAGAACUGGGAAAAGAAUACAAAGGCAAUGCUUAUCAUUUGAUGCAUAAAAACUGCAAUCACUUCUCUUCAGCUUUAUCAGAGAUUCUUUGUGGGAAAGAGAUUCCUCGCUGGAUCAAUCGACUUGCCUACUUCAGCUCCUGCAUACCCUUUCUACAGAGUUGCCUCCCGAAGGAGUGGCUCACGCCAGCAGCCCUGCAGUCUAGCGUCAGCCAGGAGCUGCAGGACGAACUGGAGGAAGCAGAGGAUGCCGCCGCCUCCGCUUCCAUGGCAAGCAGUGCGGCGGGCUCCAGAGCUGGGCGCCACACCAAGCUAUGAAGAUUCUCUCCAAAGUCACACUUCAGAACUGUCUCUGGCAGGUGAAUAUCACUAGAGAAAAGUAAACAGAGUAAGCGUCCUUUGGAUAUUUUGUAUGCAAAGAUGGCUCUCCCCCAAAUCCCAGUUUUUCAGCUCAGGAUUAUAUUUGUAAUCAAAAAAAAAGAAAAAUCACUUGGCGCAGGAGGGAGAACUUUGUAUGAAGCUGCCCUCUGAUUUUUUUACCCACUUGUAAAUUUCGAUUUACUUCUUCUGUUUUAUACGAGCUCUGUUAAGUUAUGUUUACAGUAUUUUGUAUCGCUGUUUACAAAUCUUGCAUGGACUCCUGCCACCGUGAAAGAAGAAAAUCUUCAUGUCUUCGAAAACUAGGCAGGCAAUCUUUGUACACUUCUGACAAUUGCCAGAGCUAUGGCAUAAAUAAUAGGCACAGUGUACUUCACACAGUCAGAGUCAGCAUUACCUGCUUAAGGACUGUUUGUUGGGUUUGUUUAUUUUGUUAACAUGUGGGCACCGGGAUACCGGCCUGAGGUGAGGGAGCACACGUGCAGCCCAGUUCUGUCCCACUCCCUCCCACUCCGAGUAGCACACUCCUGUGGUGCCCACAGAACGGUCGCUUUCAUCCCAAAUCCCCGUCCGCCUAGGCAGGGAGGUGCAUACCUGUUUCUGUCUGGCUUCGAUGCCUCGGGUUCUAUACUUAGAUGUUUUUCCUUACAGAUAUUCUUGUUAGGAACUGACAAGUGUUUUUGCACAUGUUUGGGGAGGAACUUCAUUUGUAUUCCGAUACAUACUUAUUUCCUCCCUGCACAGGGUUUUGUUGAUGGGGUAGGGAUAUCCUAAGUGUAGCCUUCUGAGUAGCAGUGUGAGUUGACAUUCAACUGCUUUUAACUAUUCAGGCUACCUUUUUAUACCAGACCUUGAAAACUAGUCCUAAGUAAAGUACCCCAAAAAGGUUAUUCUUUGAUAUUUCCUACUUUUUAUGUACCAUAUCAGAAAGAAUCUGUCAGAGGUUAUUAGUUAUUAUGGGAGUAGUUUCACCUCACAAUAGAAUGCCUAGUCUCAUUGACUUCUGGUUGAAGAAUCCUAUUUUGUAUCUUAAAAAUUCAUCUUUUAUGUUCUCUCAAAUGUAUGUCUCUUACAUAACAUACUCUAAGAUUGUUUAAGUUGUCAUCGCAGAUAAAUCCUCGUUAGCAAGGAAUCUGUCUGCCCAAGUCUACUCCCAGCGUGACCCUUGGAUGUAAGAACCAAGUCAUUUCAUGUGAAAUUCACUUUUCUGCCUUAAGAAUGAAUGUCCUACGUGAAAUAUGGAUGAAGUGCAUAAAAAGGCAGUGAAUUCAGCUUUAUAUAUAUAUAUAUAUAUUGUUAGUUUUAGAGUUAUUUACAUUUAUUUAAACUUUUAGAUUGGAUUGUUUGCUAUUGCUCUGUGUGAAGAUACAUAUCUUUUAGUAAACUACAUUUAUAACUUUUCCAUAAGCUGAUUUUGAUUCCUUUUAUCAACUUAAGCACACCCUGUUCCUAGGGAAAAUCAACCUUGGGUUGUAAGCACUGGCCUGAGGAAAAUGAAGCCACUUCACCUAAUUUGUGCUUUUUGACUGUUGUGUUUCCAGAGAGGAAAGUCUUUACAGAUUACUCUCAGUUCUUUGGGGCAGAGCACUUGUUCUGAGAGACAUGUUAGAAGGAAGGAAAUGUGUGACCUUUAUGAAAUGUUGACUUGGUUCAGGUCUAAAGUGAGAUUUGGGAACAAAACACUAAGGCGCUGGCAGUGAGCCAUUCCCUAAAAACAGAGUCCUGUCACCAACAGCCAGGUUAGGGGAAAGUGUUUGAUGCAGUUGGCUUGGGAUUUUUUUUUGCAGUACUCUAGUGGAUUACAGUUCUUCUAAUCCAUUCAAGUGUACAUUUCAGCCUGCACUCCCGCCACACAGGAGCAGCUGUUGCUCAGACGCUCCGUGGUGAGCAGCCAGGACAUAUGUGUCCGUGCCUCCCCAGACCCAGCAACGCAGCACACAGACGCCCUUGUUGUCAUUUUGUUGUUUCAUCUGCGGCAUCUGGAAUUUCAGAAUAGUGUAGAGUCCUAGUAGAAAUAGGUAACGGCCUAAGUCCAGUUCCAUACUAACGAUCAGCAGACAAAAUUCUGGACAUGACGUUCCUUGCAGUCGAAUUGUACCUUGGUCUGAGAAACGAAGAAACAGGUCCUUCUCUACAGCUCAGACUGAGAAUGGAUUUAAUUACCACUUACCCAGCUGUUCUUGCCCUUGGAGGAACACGAUCUAGUUCUCAACCUGAUCUCUGUUAAGAAGUCUUGUAUCAAAAAUCCAGUCAUUAAUUAUACAUGUGAUACGAUGGAGUCAGACACUCUGUUGUUGUAACCAAGAGAAACAUCCCCUCAUGGUGGAUUGGACAGCAGUGUAGUGACAGGGGGUUUACAUACCUUUCGGUUCAUUUUAAUCCCAAGAAAGGGGCGUCAGCCUCGGAAAGUGUGACUUGCGAGUCUGCAGAAGGCGGUGGUACAGUCCUGCAGAGCCUGCACUUGAUGCCUGAACUCCAGCCAAUUAGAGCUCUGACCCAAGCAAUAGCGCAAGUUACGCAUCACCAGCAUUUGUCCAGAGCAGGGAUUCUGGCUUCCAUCAGCUGACAGCAUUGCGUGUAUGCAGAGUUUGACCACCACAGACAGCUCCAGGACUCUGUGUCCGUGACAUUUUCCCACCACAAAACGGGUAGAAGCACAUUCACUGCUUCAGGGUUCUGAUCUGUGUUUUUUCUUAUGACUCCAUUUCUGUAGGACACUCUGUUAACUUUGGACCAUGCUGUGUUUUCUUGAUCAUCUUUUUAAGUUUAAAAGACUCAAGUUUUGUUCAGCAGGCUGGCCAUACUGCCAUCAUAACCCCCUCUUCUUCAGUGUGGUCUUAGAGUAGCUCCAAACUUGAUUGUCUGCUCCGUUGAUGCAUACCCGUCUUCACUGUUGGAAAGGUGUAAGCUGUCAGAGAGCUCCAUGGACCUGAAGAUCAUUUCUUGUGCAGUUGAAUGCAAGUGUACUGUCAUUCAUAGUGUUUAUAUACAAAUACCAGGAAUCUUCACUUUUGCUACCUUGAUAUAGCAUUGGGCUAUCAUGUUGCAACAUUGAAAUACAUCAGUUUAUUAAAAAA